AUGAUGGACCGCAGCUACGACGAGUUCUCGACAGAGCUGAGGAGCGUGCAUAUGCGCAAGUACGAACUGGAAAGGCAGGCUGAUUUGCUGAAUCAUCAGCUGAAGUCAUUAAAGCAAGUUAAUCACCAUACCGAAAAGCAGUUCAAAAACGCGCAGUUGGAACUUGACCUCUUGAGGCGAAGACAUGGAGAAUUGGAGAUUUAUGUAGCAAAUCUGAAGAACGAAAACUACACCCUUUCAGAAUCUGCUUUAAAGGCGGAAAAAGAGGUUUCGUCGCUGAAGGCUGAGUUGAAAGACGUUCGACAACAGUUUGAAAAGCUGAACCAACAAGACAGCAUGAAACGUAUUCAGCAAUUGGAAGAAGAAAAAAGAAGAGUUGAGGACGAAGUGUGGGCGUUACGUGACCAACUGAAUGAAGCGAAUGAGAAAGCGAAGUGGUUCCAAGGAGAAGUUGGCUAUUUUAAAAACCAGUUACAAGACUCCCAUGUUCACAACGGUUGGCUAGAAAAUGAACUCAAACACAGAGGCACCGAACUUGAUGCAGAAAGAUGCAACAAAACCUGCGAUGCGGCAAAAACGCAAGAAACGUUAUGGUCGGUGCAGAGCGAACUGCGGGCGGAACGUGACCGGGCAAAGUGGUACGAGGGCGAGGUGACGUAUUUUCGAAACCUCGUGGCAGAAAUGGAAAAGAAACGGAAUGAAGAGAAAAGUCAGCUCACCUACUGGAAUAAUAAACAGAACAACUGCAGCAAUUCAGAAGAAUUUUGUACAGAGUUGCGAGGAAACUUGGAACAGAAAACGAGGGAACUACAAAACGCUCUGAGUGCCAAGGAAGCCUGUGUCGAAGACUUGACCGACAAGGUGAAAUGGUACGAAGGAGAAAGCGCUCACUUUCGCAGUGAGUUGACUGCCGUAGUGAAAAGAUGUGAAAUGCUGCAAGGUAUUAAAGAGAAGUUAAGUAACACGCUACUCAUCAACAAAGAAACAUGCAUGGACCGCAACAGGUGGAACGUGGCUAUGUGGAAGCCAGAUCAAGAGUUGAACAUGGUUCGCACUCAAUUCACUAUCAGAUGUCCGAACGGCCAUCAGCUGUACCUCACAGGUAGUUUCGUCAGCUGGGAAUGUCUGAUACAGAUGAACCGUUGCCACGGAGAUAAUUGGAAGGUUUCGCUGGACGUGCCUCGAGGACAUCAUGAGUUCCGUUUCGUCGAGGUCGCAAAUAGCCAAUGGAUCACCAGUGGCGACUAUCAGUGCUGUAACAACGAGUUCGACGAACGAAACAACUGCAUGGAGGUCAAAUAG